AUGAGGGAGGGGGCUCUGGGGGGGGCGGGGAAUGACACAGGGGGGGGGCAGGAAGGGUGGGAGAUAUGGGGCGAGCGUGAUGCAGCUCUACGCAAGAAGGGGGGUGGGGGGGGAGGGGGGGGAGGGGGGGGAGGGGGGGGGGGGGGGGGGGUCGAACCGCAAUCAUGCGGGCGGGGAGCAACAGCACGAGACAACACAAUUUAUGCUCUCAGCCACCCCACAACCCCAAGCACAUGA